UGGCUUUGGUGUCUGCAGAAUUGUUUCUCUUACAGAUUCUCACUCCUCUCUGUAGCUGAAGUUGGCAUUGCACAGGGUUUUUUCCCCCCUUCUUAAAUAUGUUAUCACAGGGGCACUAGCACCAUUGCUAACUGACUUCUUUCUAGUCUACUUACUCAGUCCAUACCUCACCAAUUUGCCUACAAGGAUACUAUGAGAGAUCAUUUCAAAGGCCUUGCUAAAUUCAAGGCCUCUGGAUGGCAGACUGAAAAGUAAUGCAGUUUUAAGAGAUACCAAAGAUGAUGACUAGAAAGAUUAAGCUUUGGGACAUUAAUGUCCAUAUAACCUGUCAUUUAUGCAAUGGAUACCUGAUUGAUGCCACUACUGUAACAGAAUGCUUACAUACAUUCUGUAGAAGCUGCUUGGUGAAGUAUUUGGAGGAAAACAACACCUGUCCAACAUGUAGGAUUGUUAUACACCAGAGCCAUCCAUUACAGUAUAUUGGUCAUGAUAGAACAAUGCAAGAUAUUGUUUACAAACUUGUGCCAGGCCUCCAAGAAGCAGAAAUUAAAAAGCAGAGAGAAUUCUAUUACAAAUUGGGUAUGGAAGUACCAGGGGACAUCAAAGGGGAGACAUGCUCUGCAAAACAACAUCUAGAUUCACAUCGCAAUGGUGAAACUAAACCAGAUGAAAAUUCAAACAAAGAAACUUCUGAAGAAAAACAGGAAGAAGAUAAUGACUAUCAUCGAAGUGAUGAACAGGUAAGCAUCUGUUUGGAAUGCAAUAGCAGCAAAUUACGUGGAUUGAAAAGAAAAUGGAUCCGCUGCUCAGCACAAGCAACAGUCUUGCAUCUGAAGAAGUUCAUUGCUAAAAAACUUAACCUUUCUUCUUUUAAUGAGCUGGAUAUAUUAUGCAAUGAAGAGAUUCUUGGCAAGGACCACACACUCAAGUUUGUAGUUGUUACUAGAUGGAGAUUUAAGAAAGCACCUCUACUGCUACAUUACAGACCCAAAAUGGACUUGCUGUAGGAGAACUUUAUUGUCCUUCUGGACAUUUGUUUUUUGUUUUGGUGGUGUUUUGGUUUGGGUUUGGGGUUUUUUUUGUUUUCGGAGACUAUCAUCUCACACCUUAGUGCAGCACUUAACUCUCACGUGACAUGAACCAGCAGAAUCAUUUUGGAAUGUUGUAGUGCUUCUAUAGCAGACUGUCCUGAAUAUUUCUAGGCAUGUGCUGCAUGGAUUUUUGGACUCUCUCUCUCUAUAUAUAUGUAUAUUUAUUUAUUUAUUUUUGUACAAAUGAAAUAAAUCACAACUCAACAGGAUUCUACCAGCACUGAGUUUACAGGUAGUGAAAACACUUCACAAUUCCAUGGAGCUCAGCCUAAUUCAUCUAUUUGUAGUUACACAAAAAUAAAUUAAAAUGGUGUGGAAGAGAUUUUAAAUGUUGCUUUUAACACCAAAUUACUACAUUUACUUAUUUUUUUGUCUUUAAACUUUACAACUUGUUUCACUGUUUUUCUGAGGUGUUCUUGUUUUAUGUAGUUAUGCCCAAUUAUGUGAGCUUUAAUCAAGCCAUUCUAUAGAGCGUUGAACAUAGCUAAUGAUACAGUGACUGGUGAUAUUUAUUAUGCUGCAUUAAAAACUUCCUAAAAGCCUGGAGAUCCAAUUACUUCAUUAGUUUUUCACAAUGUUUGUUCUUUAUUUUGUAUUUCAGUAAUGUUUUAAUAUCUCCCCCUUUGCAUGUUGAUUUGAAAUGAGUUCACUUGAUUUUUUAAAAUAUGCCUUAAUGUUUUGCCAUGGCAUAAAUUACAUCUGAUCAUAACAAAUACUCAUAAGUGAUGAACUUGUGAAAUUGUUUUAAAGUAAAUAUGUCAUAUAAUUAGGGCUUGCAAAAAUAAAAUCUUACUUUAGGGAGUAUUUGCUAUUUCAUUAGCUGUUAAAACUAUGGCUGUUGGGCACCUUUUGUUGAUGUUGCACAAAUUUCCAUUUUGCUAGUUAAAAAUUCUUCAGGUAACUGCAAACCAAUUCUGUGUUUCUUUUACUGUUUUCUAUAUGAAACCAUAGCUGUUUAGAGCUCAAUUACUAUUUAUCUCUGAGGUCAGAUUAGGUUACGGGGGCAUCCUCUUGGCCUUAACGGAUAAUUUUGCUUGUGUCAAUCCCUGAGAGAAGCAAACUACCAUAUGUGUUUGUGUGUCUGUGUACAGACAUCCACGCACCUUAGAGAAUCCACCUUCAGUAGUGCUUAGCAGUGCUGACUACACUGAUUGAAAGGCUUUUUAAAAUAGUCAGCUUCAUAAAAAUGUGUUAGUAGUUGAAAGUGACUUCUGCAAGCUGUGUGCUGCAUAGCAUUAUAUAUAGCAUGGAUGCGUGUCUGACAUGGAGACUUAAGUAACUGAAAAUAAGAUAAGCAAUUUUAUUGGCAGCCUCCAGCUGCCAAUAUUUUUUAACUCUGAGUUUUCCUGUCAGCUGAAAAUGGCAGUUAUAUCAAACACUUUAUUAUUUCAUAAAAUGUCAAUGGCUAGGAAAAUCAGUAUGCCUAUUAGCACUGUCCUGCUUCUUCCAGCUGUGCUCCCCUACCUUGCAAGAAAGCAUUGCUUAAUGUUACUUGAUAAUAGGAGGUUGAUCUCAUAAGAGGCUUAUUCAAGUAUUCUAAAUCCUAAUGCCUCUGCACAUCUCCCAUGUUUUUCUUAACUGAACUUUUCAGUUCUUCUUUUCCUAGUUCUGCUGUUGCCAGAGGGAAGCUCUAAGUUCACUUGUUUGUCUUAGGAAAUAGAAUCAUCGAAUCAUAGAAUGGUUUGGGUUGGAAAGCACCUUAAGAUCAUCUAGUUCCAAC